AUGUCCGACGUCCCACCAACCGAGUCCAUUCCCAAACCAGAGGAACCUAAAGAACCACAACAGUCUCCUCAGCAACCUCAGUUCCAGCAAGUACCUCCGAAUUACUACCAAUUUCCACCUCAAGGUUACUACCCACCACAAGGCUUCCCGAACUACCCUCCUCCUCAGACUAUGCCUUACUGCCCCAACCCUUGGAUGUUCCAGCAAGCUCCACCCCAGCAAUUCCAAUCUCAGUCCAAGAGAGACCAAGACUUCGAAGAAGGUCUGAACCGCUUACGCAAAGAAAGUCGUUCUCGGACCAAAAAAUAUAAUUUAGGUGAAGAGGUGAGAUCUCACCUCUUUUCUCACCUCUUUUCUCACCCUCUUGAAUUUUGUAUAAAAAGCAACCGCCGGAAUUCAGACGGUUGCUAUAUUCUUCACAAAAUGCUUGUUUUGAGGUCGAGCCACUUUUGGCUCCACCGUAUUCUUUCAACCAAAACUCAUGAAUUCAGCAAAAAAUAUAAUUUAGGUGAAGAGGUGAGAUCUCACCCGUUUUCUCACCUCUUUUCUCACCCUCUUGAAUUUUCAUGA